UCACUCAAAAAUCGAAGUUCAGUCUCCGCAGCGCGUCCCUGUCCCUCCAGACUCCUAGUCACUCUGCAGGCAAAAUCCAUGCCCUCUCCACAACCCUUCACGACGGCGUCAUCGAUGCUCCGCCAGCGCCUAGCAUCCUCCCUCCGUACACGCGGAGGUGCCGCGGCAGGUCCCAGCCGGUGGACAUCUCCAGGCCACGAGGAGAGGCCCAAGGGUUACCUAUUCAACCGGACCCCGACUCCACCAGGGCAGUCCCGUAAGUGGGAGGACUGGGAGCUCCCCUGCUACAUCACCAGCUUCCUAACCAUUGUGAUUCUCGGUGUUGGGUUGAACGCCAAGCCCGAUCUGUCCAUCGAGACCUGGGCGCACCAGAAAGCCCUCGAACGCCUCGAGAUGGAGAAACUUGGCACCUCUGGUUCUGGGGAAUCGGAGUAGAAUCAUGAUCUGGGUGUGACGUUUGACUCUUUGGAUCCAAAAACUUUUUUGGGUAUUUUUGCGUGGUGAACUUUUUACCUGUUGUUGAUAAUGUGUAGUUCAAUAAAAGGUUUUUGACUCCAUUGACAUUCCGUUUUUACAUGGAGCUUAAUUACGCAAA